GGACGGACAAACUAGGGCUGAGAGACGGACGGACAGUCAGUUUGCUCUUCCCCCUCCUCCUUCACCUCCUCCUCCUCCUCCUCCUCCCCGCUUGACUGACACACACUCACAUGCACGCACACACGCACGCACACACACGCGCGCGCGCACACACAGGCGCUCGGCACAGACAGAGACAUGCAUGCACAGCAUCCACUUUUUGCAAACGCGCAGGCUGCGCAUCCGAGCGGGCAGUAAUUGGACAGCGGAGAUCCACAGCCGAUGAGGGCAUUUCAUGUCCAGCCUGCCCGGGAAUCACUGUGACCCCGACGGGAAGGAGUUUCGACUUGACAGGAUGGGGGGAGUAAGUGAAGGAGAUGAUGUGUUGGCUCGAUGGAGUGAUGGACUACUGUACCUCGGCAAUGUGAAAAGAGUAGACGGAGUCAAGCAAAGUUGUCUGGUGAGAUUUGAGGACAACUCAGAGUUCUGGGUGCUGAGGAAGGACAUUCACUCGUUCGCUGCCGGAGUGGAAGAAGUUUGCUGUAUUUGCGACGCUCCUCCUCUUAAAGAACCCCUCGUAAAUUGUCUUAAGUGUCGGCACGGUUAUCACGCAGAGUGCCACACGCCAGCCAUCGAACCGGAGGCUGACAGCGAUUCGUGGAUAUGUCGGCAAUGUGUCUUUGCAGUCGCAACCAAGAGAGGCGGGGCGCUGAAGCGGGGACGCUUCGCCCGGCUCAUGCAGUUCAUGAAACUGCGGCUUCCCUACCAGCUGUCGUCACUGGACUGGGACCCGCAGCAUCUGACCAAUCAGCAGCAGUGCUACUGCUACUGCGCCGGACCUGGAGAGUGGAACCUGAAGAUGUUGCAGUGUGGAAGCUGUGGUCAGUGGUUCCACGAGGCCUGCACACAGUGUCUGACCAAGCCACUGCUGUAUGGAGACAGGUUUUAUCAGUUCCAGUGCUCCGUGUGUACGAAGGGACCGGAGACCAUCCAGAGACUACCCAUGACCUGGAUGGAUUUGGCUCAUUUGGUGCUCUACCAUCUCUCGCUGUGCUGCAAGAGGAAAUACUUUGAUUUUGACCAUGAAAUCCUGUCCUUCACCAACGAGAACUGGGACUCGUUGCUCCUGGGCGCGCUCUCUGACACGCCGCGGCAGGACCGCUGUCACAAUCUCCUCAACGCUCUGAACUCCCACAAGGACAGGUUCGUCUCCGGAAAGGAGAUCAAGAAGAAGAAGUGUCUCUUUGGGCUUCAGGUGCGAGCCCCGCCUCCGCUGACGUCCGAUUCGUCGCCCCUCAUCACCGACCAGCCUAUCAACAUCACGCACCGGAGAAGCCCUUUGUCACUACCCUGUCAGAGGAGAGUGGGGGGGUCGGAGUCGCGUAAAUCGAAGCGGCGCAUCAUGGAGACACAGGCUUGUCCGCCGCCAGCCGCUGCCAACCCCAUUGAGCUGCGGCCAUGUUGCCAUGGCUACACGGGAGGGGCCAACAUCUGCAGCUCCAGGAGGUCAGAGGAGGAACUUGGUUUGAGCUCUCCUCCCAAGCGGAUGUACGCUCUGUACCACAGCACGUACAACGGAAACACGGCCCUCUCCAGGGGCCUCCACCACUACAACAGCGCGGAGGACACCUGCAGAGUGCCGCCCCCUUGCUUCCCAUACCCCCUCAACUCCAACGGCAGCCAUCACCACCACCACCACCACCAUCACCACCCCCACCAGCAACACCACACCCACCAGCACCAGCCUGGGCAGAAGCAGCCGGAGCCCCUCAUCCUACGCGACGUACCCCCGUACCAGGCCAGUAUGGGCGUAGGGGGCGGCGUGGGCGGCGGAGGAGGAGGAGGAGGAGGCGGAGGAGGAGGAGGAGGAGGAGGUGGGGUGGUUGUCGGAGGGGGGGACGGCUCGGGGGCCAGGAGCUGGGGAGGAAGCGAGGCGGUGAGGAUCUUGGCGAGGCGCGUCACACCGGACGGGAAGGUGCAGUACCUUGUGGAGUGGGAGAACGUGAAUUUGUGCUGACACGCAGAGACGCAAUGACUGUUUUGCGGUUGCCAAGGGAACGCUGUGUGUGUGUGUAAAACGUGGCAGUGUUUAAAGUACAGACUAAACAAAAAGGGGGGGGGGGUGGUGAUCUCUACGCGUUGCAAAUCCAGGUUGCUCUCUUAGAAUCGCCUCUAUUCUGCAUCGUUAGACGUCACUACUCGUUUUUCAAUGUCCCUCUUUGCGAGUGUUCUCUGGUAUUUGUACUGUUAACUUUGGAAUAUGCAUUUGCAUUUAUCACGUUUAAAAGUGGUGGGGAUGAAGGUACUCAAACCUCCUGAUGAUUUGUCAAUUUGCUAAUCAAGGAGCGCACGUGUUUAUUUGUCCACUGUGGAUUAGCAACAAGACAUUUAGCAAAGACGGAUUACUGCUUUUUCAUUGCUUGGGUGAUAUCGGGGAAAUUUCAUAAAUUUUUUACUUUAAUUGUCCUUUAGACAACAUGCUGCAAAUUUAAAGGCACAGUCGGGAGUGUUUCAAAUAACAGAGCAAAAGCUUUGAGAAAUUCAUUUAAAUCAACAAUUUGAUGUGACUGUUCACACAAGCAUAUAUGAAUAAAACAGUUCGAAAUUACCGACGUUGAACUGAAAUCCUCCGGAGGUUUUUGUAUUUUUUCCUCAUAUGUUAAUAAGAGAUUGCAAACAUGUUGUUAUGGGGUUUCUUAUUUGUUAAGUUACAUUUCAUACAUAAUUUACAUUUAAACUACUGUAUUAGAAAUAGAAGCCACGAGAAGGCUUUUGUUUUAUAGAUAGAAUUAUAUAUUCACAGUAUAUUGCUAUGGUCAAAUAACUUUUAUUUUUUUUGGCGUGGUUGAAUAGUGCCUAUUUGGGUUGCGUACCUGCCGGUUGGUGUGCCGACCCGAGUCGACCGAUCAGACGACGGAGAGAUGAGCGAGGCCGUGUUGCCAGUAGACCAGAGGACGGCUCUCUAUCCGUUCACAGAUACACCCACGCGGGUCACGAGGACCAGCCGUCAUGUUGAGUUGUUUUAAUCACAACAGGACUGUGGCGUCGCUGUACAUUCCAAACGAAAAAAGGGACAAACAUGUUAUUGAAAUGUCUGUUUGAAGUCAUCAGAAUGGAAAUUAUUUUGAAAGAAUGCAGGGUUUCUUUUUAUUCUUCCUCUUUGUUUUUUGUUUUUUUUGAUGGGUGUUAAAUGUCAUGAAGAACUAAAGGUCCAGUUCAGGUUCAGGUUCAGGUUCACGUUCAAAGGAACAGUACAGGUAAAGAAGACGCGGAUAGGCCCGACUCCUCGCUCCAUCCCCUAGUUUCUUCCAGGGCCUAACAGUCUUAUUAUUUAAAGAAUACAACACGGCAGCAUCAUGCGGGAGUUCACACGCCGACUGAGGCGCUGGAGUUGGAAUCCAUCUUCGUGCAAACAGGUCACAUAAAUCUAGAAGACGGCGGUGCAAGUUUCAGAGUUUAUAUUUUAUACAGAGGUUUAUUUCAGCAACCUGUGCGAUAAAACUCACACACUCCUCUACAUUCGUCGGUUUUAUCUUUCAGGAAAGGCCGCAUCGCAGUUUGAGUUGACAAAAGCAAAGGACAAACACAGCGUUUACACUCUCACAGUCGAACCGAUGCAAUCCUCUCAGAUCUAAUUUCAAACCCGACAUCUCUUUUGAAUUAUCUCCUGUGCACAUUUCCGGUGGAAUUCUGUUGAUUGCGGUCGUCAUCCUCCUCAGUGAUUCUUGUAGCUUAUUAGGGGAAGGGGCGUGUUGAACCUCUCUAGGCGAAGGUGAUGAAUGUAUUUGUGUGUUUUCUAUGGUAUGUCUAUACCCGUCAAGUGCUCGUGAUAGGUCGUACUCGAGGUGGAACUCAACCCGAUUCGUUCAAAAACAAUAAAAAAUAAAUAAAAAGGAGGAAAUGAAGACAUCAACAUUGAGGAACAUUAUUUAUUUUGGGAGAUGUAGUCUUAAGUAGUCGAGUCCAGGUUCAGUUUGAUGUAUUUUUUGGAGAAAUUACGUUUGUACAUGUGUACUCUGCGUUGACACCUAAUAUGUUACAUGAAUAAUAAAAAGAAAAUGUUUCCCCUCA